AUGAAUGUGCAACUAACGCAACAAUCAGCCAAUGCCACCCUGAAACAUUGCAGCAGCAACAACAAUAGCCACAGUAGCAGUAGCAGCAGUCAAAGGCGCAGCCACAUCAACACUAACAAUAUGAACACCACCACCGUCAACACACAAUCACAACAACAACAACAACAACAACAGCCAGCCAGCAAUCGCACAAUGUCCACAGCAGCGACGCCAACAUCUACGCUGGCGCAUAGAAUUCAGAGUCCUACGUCACUACCGCCCACCGCCUCGCCAACGACGGCGACAACGCAGACAGCCAGUGGCGCGCGCAGUCCUUCGCCGGACGGCACACAGGAUUACGAUGUGACGCGCAUGCGCGAGGAGGACUUUGAGCGGCUGGCCGUUUACAUAGUGCCCGAUGUGCAGUGCGAGCGUGGCGUGCCAAAUCGGGCAGAUCGCACGCUACCACGCAGCCUAACACUAAAACCUUCGAUGGUUUUCUCAACGCCAAAUGUUAAGACUGAAGGAGUUUGGAGCACUGGUGUCAUACCGCGAGGCACACGUUUUGGCCCCUUUGAAGGCGUUCCAACUCCAAAUUAUCCCAACGAUAAGAAUAAGGCGCGCUAUUUUUGGCGGGUGCAGGAAACACGCCACAUAACCUACGGGAACAUUAAGAUCUUCAAAGAUGAUAAUUUCUACUACCUGGAUGGAUCGGAUCGUGCGCAAGCAAACUGGAUGCGCUACGUUGCCUCUGCGUACAGUUUGUCCGUGAUGAAUUUGGUUGCGUGCCAGCACCAAGAAAAUAUCUACUUCUAUACAACACGUGACAUUAUGCCCAACGAGGAGUUGAUGGUGUGGUAUUGCAAGGACUUUGCGCGGCGGCUGGGCUACGAUGUAGAUCCAGAGCGUACGAUUUUCGGCGCUUGUAAACAGGCUGUCGACGAGGAUGACGAUGUUGAAGCGGACGGGGACGGGGAUGAGGAACAAGCCGCAGCAGCUCCAUCGGGCACUGCAUUGCUGCUGGGGAACAAGGCGAAGAUUAGAUCGAAUUCGCCGUAUUGCAUGCCCGCGCCAGAAAUACCACCAGAAGUUGCGUAUAAUCACAUCACCUACGUUAUGGGUCUGCCAAUGCCGCCAUUGCCCACAAUGCCAAGCAACGCGGUGAGCGCAGGCAACCGGCGUACCGUCACUUCUAGUCCCUCACCGCCCAUCUGCCGUGACAACUCAGCCGGCCAUAUACAACACCUGACUGGCCUGCCACACAUCCACCAUGCCCAGUCCGCGCAACAUCAGCCCGUGCUGCGGCAGCAAAACACACAUCAGCAUACACAACACGCCCAGCCGCCUUCACACCUGCCGCAACAUCAGCACAUCCAGCAGCACCAAACAGUUUUGCAUCUCAAACAGGAACCCGGCGCCUCGGUGAUUGUACGCGAUCGUUCGCCAGCGAGUAGCGAAUGUGGCGUUAAGGACGGCAAGGAGGUGGUGGGUUCCCCGAUACCGCACAAAGAUCCGCAGUACGAGCAUCAGCUGACACCAAACGAUGGCAGCGUGCGUUCGGUACGUUCGGACGAGGGCUAUCACAGCAACGAGUAUCAUGAGGACGGUUUGACGCCACCUGAGGACUCCAGCGAUAGUGAGAGUGAGCAUAACUAUGUACUGGAUUGUUCGAAGAAAGCCAUCGCCCCCAAAGAGACUGUCAUAUCGCACCCACAGAAGGCGGCUGUAGCUGCGGCUGUUGCUGCAGCAGCCGCCGCUGCUAGUAACAACAACAGUGCAAGCAGCAACUGCGCGACUGCUCCGGCAGCACCAGCUGCGGUUGUGCCAACGGCCGCUGCCAUAGAUUGCGCCGACAAGAACGAGUAUCGUAAGUUCAAGGUGAAAAUGCCGCUAAAAUAUGAAUUCAAAAAUAGCAAAUGCGCCAUUAAGACUGAGGCCAUGUGCCACCUCAACAACGCAACUAAUACUAAUCAAAAAAGCAGUGACGAAACAGUGACGCCAAUAGCACGCACAACCGCCAGCGAGGAUGAUCUGCUUUCUGCUAACGAGGCUGCAGCAACUUGCACCUCCUCAACACAGCUAGAUGAAGAGGCAAUGGAAGUGGACCGCCGACCAGGCUCAACCACGCAGCAGCACGCCUCCAGCACAGUCAUAGUAGUCGACCAUGGUCAUUCGACAAUCAGUGGCCAUUCGGCGCGCAACAUUAUGCCACUAAACAAGGCAUACUAUGAGGCCGAAACGAGUUCGCCACCGCCAUCAACAACCACGCAAUCUGCAGCUGCGGCCGCAGCGACUGUGGCAUACAUGCGGUUUACGCCACCCUCCUCGAGCAUACUGGAGACAAUACUAACGGGGCAGCAUCGAUUAGAGGCCGCAGCGGCUGCGGCAGCGGCUUGUCGUCAGGCAAACGCUGCCACCCCGCCCCCUUCAUCGCCUACCGAAAUGGCCUACUCGUAUAAAAAAUCGCACCGGUAUGGCAAUGCUGUCAGUCCCGACUCCAGCUCCAAUUUAGUGCAGCCUCCUGACAUACAUGCCACAUCUAUGCAUGAGACUGAAAUGCUAAUUGCUUCAUCACGCGGUAGCCUCAAAGACGACUGUUCACCACCACCACCACCAGGCCACCACGUGAUAUUCUCUCCAGCACACGGCGCGCAUAGCGCUUUCGUAUCAGAUGGCCAUCAAACGCCUCCAUACUCGGCGUAUUCACCUUACUCCAGUGGCAGUGUGAACGGCGGUCCGCCUGGUGCAAAUCAUGCACUCUCCCAUGUACCCACAUCCACCUUCCACUCACCGCCACACAGCUCACACUCGCCCUUCGACCGACAAUCGAAUGGAUCCAGCGGAUCCACACCCAACCUCCACUUGUUGCAAUCUAACACUCAGAUGCUGAUGCAACCGCUGCGCAUUUCCCCACCACACAGUAUGAGCCCUGAUGGGAACUCGUGUCCGCGGAGUGGCAGUCCGCUCAGUCCGAAUUCGCUGGGUUCACGUGGCUAUCGUUCACUUCCCUACCCACUGAAGAAAAAGGAUGGAAAAAUGCACUACGAAUGCAAUGUCUGCUGUAAAACCUUUGGUCAGCUGAGCAAUUUAAAGGUGCAUCUGCGCACGCAUUCCGGCGAACGUCCAUUCAAAUGCAAUGUCUGCACGAAGAGUUUCACGCAACUAGCGCAUUUACAGAAGCACCACUUGGUGCACACCGGUGAGAAGCCGCAUCAAUGCGACAUCUGUAAGAAGCGCUUCUCCUCAACGUCGAACUUGAAGACCCACCUGCGAUUGCACAGUGGUCAAAAGCCAUACGCUUGCGACCUCUGCCCACAGAAGUUCACCCAGUUCGUUCAUCUGAAGUUGCACAAGCGAUUGCACACCAACGAUCGGCCAUAUGUGUGCCAAGGCUGCGACAAGAAGUACAUCAGUGCAUCUGGUCUGCGUACGCAUUGGAAGACGACAAGCUGCAAGCCAAACGACCUGGAGGAAGAACUGGCGAUGGCCGCGGCGGCGACCUCAGAAUGUUUGGAUAAAGACCUGCCAGAGCCCGAUUCACGCGAAGCCUUCGAGCACUUGCAACACCAAAUGCAUCCGCACCUGCGACACAUGUCAACCGGCGGCGGCUCGAAUAGCAACGGCGGCGGUCACCCCUCCCCGCCGCGCCUUAUCUCUAUCAACCCCCACCACCAGCAGCAACAACAUCAACAGCAAACGCAUUCCCAUCUCCAACAGCAGCACGCUGCCAUGUUACAACAACACGCUGCGGCCCAGCAACACCUGUCAGCAGCGCCAUCGAAUGUAUUGCUUAACACCAACGGAAGCCAACAACAUCAUCAUAGCCAUCAGCAGCAGCAUUUACACCCACAGCAGUUACUCCAACAACAACAACAACCACUCCCUAUGAAGGUUGCAGGCAAACAACAAAUGCAUUUGCUGCCACCCGGCACAGGCAGCAAUAAUAGUGCGGCUGCGGGGGCCGCGCCAGCGAUGAGUGGCGCCAAUGACGCUUACAUGAGCGUCUCGCACGCACAUGCGGCGGCGGCAGCAGCACACGCGGCUGCAGCGGCGGCGGCGGCACAUGCAGCAGCUGCGCACCAACAUGCGCAGAAUCAGGAGAGCAGGCCGUCGGUGAUCGAGUCCAGCCAGCCGAUGAUAAUCGAGUGCACGUAG